AUAAAACCGAACCAACCGGUCACCGUUCCCCACAAGUAAAACAUCUCUUCCAUAACGUUUCCAACAACAUUCUCCUUUGCGCUAGCAUCCCUUCUCCUGUGUUCUUUCCCUAAGCAUCAAACAAGAGGAAGAUGGAUCUCAGAGUCAUGGGCUUGGACUCCCCACUCUUCUCCACCCUCCAGCACGUGAUGGACUUCGCCGACGACGCCGACAAGUCUUUCAGCGCCCCGACCCGUACCUACGUACGGGACGCCAAGGCCAUGGCAGCCACUCCGGCCGACGUCAAGGAGUACCCGAAUUCCUAUGUUUUUGUCGUCGACAUGCCGGGGUUGAAGGUUGGUGACAUCAAGGUUCAGGUAGAGGAAGACAAUGUGCUACUGGUAAGUGGCGAGAGGAAGAGGGAGGAGGAGAAAGAAGGGGCCAAGUACGUAAGGAUGGAGAGAAGAGUCGGCAAGUUUAUGAGGAAAUUUGUGUUGCCGGAAAAUGCCAACACGGAUGCCAUUACGGCGGUUUGUCAGGACGGUGUGCUUACUGUGACUGUGCAAAAGUUGCCACCACCGGAGCCUAAGAAGCCCAAGAUCGUUGAGGUCAAGGUCAAUUGAUGGGGCGGGAGUAUUAUGGAUGGGUUCUUUGGAUCAUGGGUUUUCAAGAUAUGGCACCAUGGUGUACGUGUGUGUUUUAUUUUCCCUUUCCUUUUUGCUGUCGUAAUAACUGAUAUGUGGGUGUUACCUCUGUAGUGUGUGCUUGAAAUGCUUAUUUUAAUGAAAACUUUAAGGUUUUAUAA